GGUAGACGAUCGUGUGCGUCUCUAAUGUCCAGCACAGAGCCUGGCAUAGCAACACAACAUUGUUGAAUGAUGAUAGAUAAAUACAUUAAUGUAUGCAAAAAGGCAACGAGUCUUCUGUCAGUUGAAGGAUUUUGCAGAGGCUGACUACCCAUCCAAUAGAGAUCUUUUAGAAAAGAUGUUCCUCUUGGGCACAUACGCACCACCCCACCCCAUAUCGUAAUUGCUGACUUACUGAGCUCACUUCCCCAUUUGACUGUGAGCCCCUCGAGAAUGGGAACAGAGUCCUAUUUGUUUUUGAAACCCUACACAGUAAACAUAGCCCCAACGUUUGGAAAGUGUACAAAAAGCCUAUUUUCUGAGAAUGGACUCUUUACAGAACAAGCAUACCGGAGCCCUGAAGGGAAAAAAAAUGGCAAUAAUAUAAUUCACCUGCCCUACCAGGCUACUAAGAGUACCUUGGUAAAUAUUAGCCAAUGCACAGCCCUUUGCUUGCUGUUAAGAUUUACUGAUUUCAACAGAAAGUAACUUAAAAACUGUACAUGUUAUACAACCCAGACACCAGGGCCGAUCUCUAACCACCCAAUAGUACAACAAAUACAUAUUGGCUCUGUCUGUGGUUAGAUUAAAUGCCGUUGUCUAAGCAAAGUAGGCUAUGUGCUGAGUAUAAUGGGUCUGCCAUGUGAAUGAUGGGUUUGGUCAAGGGGUGGAUUUGUCCUGUAUUCUUACAUUCUCUGGGUAUAAUUCUUCUCACUCUUUGAAUAAAUAAACCAAAAGCAUUGGCUCACUUAGUACAUGUAAAAAGUACGUUCAGUAAAUGCCAGAUUUUAUGAAGUAAGUCCGACAAUAAAGGCCGCUUUUAAAUCUGUUUCUUACCUGACAGGGACUAUUGUAUAGAGAGAUUAUCAUGGUGUCUUGUUUCUUCCUGGUGUCUCUUACUUUCAUCUUACAAAUAUGUACUGAUCUAAGUCUACAGAUUCACGCGUAUCUUUGCGAACACUUGGAAAUCUCAGUAUCUCAGUGUGUUUCAGAGAAUAGGCUGAGAGAUUGACGAUAACUAAUUCUUUCUGGUGGAAAGCUAAUAGGCAUGACCUAUGAGAAACAGUAAGAGAGCUAUAUGGAGCGUGGCAAAGGAGAGGAGGAAAAUGCUGGAACUCAAUCCAUGCCUGCUGCCCAGAGACCUUAGCUGGGGGUUUGUCAUGUCUUAGCAUGACGGUAUUCAAGCCAUGUGAGGUCUGAAAAAAAAAAAUACAUACCCAGCUUGGGGCUUAGUCUGAGAACAACCAAUUGCUUUGGUUUAAACCACACAACCCCACUAUCAAAUUAAGCGUUUUCAAGCUAAUACAAAUUAGCAUCAGUCCACUGACCAAUGCCUGAAAUAAAUUAGGCUGAGUCUAAAAGAAAUCAGCCUGCAUACAGAGGGCAACUCUCAAGGCCACUUCCUUGCUUUCCCCAGGCAUGGAGGCUCCGGUUUGGAAUAUGCUUAGGAUGCUGAUCAGAGUGCUGACAGAAAGAAUGUUCAAACAUCUUCGGAAAUGGUUCGUCACUCACUUCUUUGGGCAUUCUCGACAAAGAGCGAGGCUGGUCUCCAAAGAUGGAAGGUGCAACAUCGAGUUUGGCAACGUCGAGGCACAGUCGAGGUUCAUAUUCUUUGUGGACAUCUGGACGACUGUGCUUGACCUCAAAUGGAGAUACAAAAUGACCAUCUUCAUUACAGCCUUCUUGGGGAGUUGGUUCCUCUUUGGUCUUCUGUGGUAUGCGGUAGCCUACAUUCACAAAGAUCUCCCUGAGUUCCAUCCUUCUGUCAACCACACCCCCUGUGUGGAGAACAUUAAUGGCUUGACCUCAGCUUUUCUGUUUUCUCUGGAAACACAAGUGACCAUUGGAUAUGGAUUCAGGUGUGUGACAGAACAAUGUGGCACUGCCAUUUUUCUCCUUAUCUUCCAGUCUAUACUUGGAGUCAUCAUCAAUUCUUUCAUGUGUGGUGCCAUUUUAGCCAAGAUCUCCAGACCCAAAAAACGUGCCAAGACCAUUACAUUCAGCAAGAAUGCGGUGAUCAGUAAGCGGGGUGGGAAGCUCUGUCUCCUAAUCCGAGUGGCUAAUCUUAGGAAGAGCCUCCUUAUUGGGAGUCACAUAUAUGGAAAGCUUCUGAAGACCACCGUCACUCCUGAAGGAGAGACCAUUAUUCUGGACCAGACCAACAUCAAUUUUGUAGUUGAUGCAGGGAACGAAAAUUUAUUCUUCAUCUCCCCACUGACAAUUUACCAUGUCAUUGAUCCAAACAGCCCCUUCUUCCACAUGGCAGCAGAAACCCUUCCCCAGCAAGACUUUGAAUUAGUGGUGUUUUUAGAUGGCACAGUGGAAUCAACUAGUGCUACCUGCCAAGUCCGGACGUCCUACGUCCCAGAAGAGGUACUCUGGGGCUACCGCUUUGCUCCCAUAGUAUCCAAGACAAAGGAAGGGAAAUACCGAGUGGAUUUCCAUAACUUUAGCAAGACAGUGGAAGUGGAGACCCCUCACUGUGCCAUGUGCCUUUAUAAUGAGAAAGAUACUAGAGCCAGGAUGAAGAGAGGCUAUGACAAUCCCAACUUCGUCUUAUCAGAAGUCAAUGAAACAGAUGACACCAAAAUGUGACAGUGGCUUUUCAACAGGAGUAAUGGAAAGUCUUGAAGAUAACCGGUGACUAGAAGUAUGACGAAGUGAUCGAAAAUUUGAGGGUAUGAAAUUAAGACAAGAGCCUUCAACGUCUACCAGCACCAUGCCCCUGAACUCCAUAGCCAUGAUCUUGCAAGACACAUAGCUCUACAAGCCACCUGCAUUAGAACAUGCAAUAUAUUUCUAGAAAACUGCAAUAUGGAAGCCAUAGGAAUUCACUUGGAAUCUUGAAUGUGAUUAUUUGAAAUCAUGCAAUGUUGAUAGAAACGGACAAAAUCAUCGACAGUUUCAUGGACAGGACAAAAAAGAUCUUAAAAUUCUCUUUGAAGAAGUUAUGAGCUUUAGAUAGGAUCAGAAUUCUUAUUUAGAUUCUACUGAUAAAAAAUAAGCCACUUUUAACAUUGGCUUUUGUCAAAGAAAAAAAAACAGUCUCCUGAGGAUGGAGAGAAUGAACUAAUCGAAGAUGGCAAGAAAAGACUGAUACUCAAAGAACAUCUGAGGCUCUGCGCUUCUGCAGCCCUGGUUGUUGGAGCUUUGGUCCUAGUCUGGGUCAUGCUGUGUUUACUGAAGAUCAAGGGGAGGCUGAGUCCACGGACUCUCUAUCUCUAUGUAUCCAACGUGGGGAGGAGCGCUGAGCUCCAUCUACUUUCUGGCCCCGCCAGACACUGCAGCCCAAGUUCGGUCUGGGCCCAAACGAUCUCACGUGGUACGUUUAGACAGAGGCUAAAUCACCACUCUAGAAUCUCAAUGAACACCUUCCUGCAAGGAAGAAUGCUUGAUUUGAAAAUGGUGAUGUUAUUUCUUCCAGUUUGUGUGAGGUGGGGUAAGGGGCUAUGAAUUGGGGUAAAAGAGUAUUUCCUGAUCUUCCAAGAAGGCAGUGAAGAGUUUGAAGGAGCAGCGUCAGGGUAGAAGGGACAGUACCGCCAAUGCUUCUGAGAAAAAGAAAAAAGUAUCUUGUGUUCUUCUGCCUCGAGUUUGUACCGAAAUGCUGUUUCUAAAGGAGACGCGUGGGAUGGGCUGUGACCCCACAGUGAGGAAAACACGAGGUCUCCCUUCCUCAAAGGGACCAACUGAACAUAAAGACGGAUCUGUAGAGAAAGAUUUUACUGUGAAUGUCUCUUUCAGGGCUCCUCUGCAUUAUUGUGAAUAUAUUCUGGAAGGAAUGGUACUCAAAGCUGCUUAGGAAUCAAAACGUUCCCGGUGUGUUGAUUGAUCUAUUAAAUCUCUGAAACUGUG